UAAAUAGAUAGCAACAUGAAGUUCCUAUUGAAAGAACUGUUCAACACGUACGAUAAUACGAAAAAACAACACACGAUGAUUUUAAAUUUUAUCUUGAUAGGAAUAAUAUUUUCCGUUCCCGAAAUAUUCUGCCUACUAAAGCCUUGUGAGGAAAAUGGAAAAACAUACCAAUUUGAAGGGUUGAAAAAGUACAGCUGGCUUACAGCAGCUGAGUAUUGUAAAGAAGCCGGGGGAACUUUAGCGUAUGGAUGGACAUUUUUUGAAGGGUAUUGUAUCUUCGAUAAUCUUAGACAAAGCGUUGGUUCGUAUUCCAUCGGGGGUAAGAAACAUCCCUCUAAAAACUGGACGUGGAUAGACGAUACUCCAAUUACUCAGCCAUCAUACUGGGCUCAAGAUGAGCCUAAUAACGCAGAAGGAAAUGAAAAUUGCUUACAAUUCAAGUUGUAUGGUCGCAACUUUCAUUGGAACGAUGUCUCGUGUAAAGAAAUUGCUGGCUUCAUCUGUCAGUUUAAUUUUUUAAUCUUAGAAUCAACACUACCAGAUUCACAUGUACCUGAACGAACAACGCUUUACGAAGAAUCAUUUGUUGAUUUCAAUGCAACAGGUAGCAAAUCAACAAAAUCCAAAAGAGGUCACCAAGCGACAAUAUCAACAAUAGAUGACCGAUCAAUAACAUCCACAACAGGUAGCCAAUCAACAACAUCAAAAACAGGUCACCAAGCGACAAUAUCAACAACAGAUGACCAAUCAACAACAUCCACAACAGGUAGCCAAUCAACAACAUUCAAAACAGGUCACCAAGCGACAAUAUCAACAACAGAUGGCCAAUCAAUAACAUCCACAACAGGUACAGCAACGCCAUUCUUUGAAGACAAGAAUCGUCAGGAACAACAUACUAAUUAUGUGACUAACAAGAACAAUAUCAAAGAAACGUUUGAAACAGGACUAAGCGAAAACCUAACGGAGACAGAGAAACUUAUGAGGAUUGAAAAUGUACUAAGCAGAUUGCAAGACAUUUCAUUCACCAACCAACUAACUUCAGAAGAUUUAGACAAUUUCCUAGAUAGUCUAGAUAAAAUUUUGGAUGAUUGCAAGAAGUUUAAUAUUACACUUCCAAAGACGGUUAUUGUGACUACAAUUGACAACCUACUAGCUGAGAAUCACACAGCUGCAUGGAAAAAUAUUUCUACUGAACAGUUAAGAAGACGAGUAAGUAAAAUCUUUAGAAUUGUUGACAAAUUCGGCUUACUUGUCUUAGAGACCAUCAACGAGAACGAAAGCAUCACUUUUAACACAACGAAGAACAUAGUUUUUAAUGCUGCAAAACUUCUGGAAAAUGAUACUAUAAUGUUCCCGACAAACAACCACACCUUAGGUUCAUCACUUGUACUUCCAGCACAGGCAUAUGGAUCUCCUCAAAGUUUACCUUAUCUUGCGGUGAAUUACAAAACGCUAGGAAGCCUAAUUAACAACAUUAAGGGACAUGAAGAAAAAUUAGGAUACAGAAUUCCCUCUGAUAUUAUGUCAUUAACAAUUAAUAAAACUUUAGUCAACAGAUCCCUGGAUCCUCCACUGCACAUGAAAUUCUUGAAAAAGAAAGAUUGCAAUUCCAUCAACGAAUGUGUAUUUUGGGAUUUUCACUUAAAUGCUGGUGGGUGGUCAACUGUUGGAUGCAAAUUACAAUCUGAAAAUCAUCCUUACGUUAAUUGUGGAUGCAACCACUUGACGAAUUUUGCAGUACUGGUGCGAUCAUAUUCAAGGACUCAAGACGAAGAAGAGGUGUUGAGUUGGAUAUCUAUAAUUGGUUGCGCGAUAUCCGUGUUUCUCUCUUUGCUUACGGCAAUCAUUUACAUCGUUUUCUGGAAAACUAUUACCUGUGACGUCAGCAGAAUGGUAAAUAAGAUCACGGUGCUUCUCUGUCUCAGUAUUGCUCUGGCGUACACGAUAUUUCUAAUAGGAGUAGACAAGAUCCAGUAUAAGGUCGGAUGUGUCGUGAUAACUGCUUUAUUACAGUACAUGUUCUUGUUGAUUUUCGUCCUGAUGCUGGCCCUUGGGUUGUACUAUUUUAGUAGCAUCUCCUUGGUCAAAAUAUCGUUUUCCAAAGCUACAACAUUUCAAAGUAAAGUCAAUUUCUUCAAUAAAAUCGUUUGGGGAAUCGUUGUCGUUAUACCAAUAAGUAUAACGGCAAUAACUAUUGGAGUUGUAUAUUCCUUGAACAAGGAUUACCAUUCAAAAUCGAGUUGCUGGUUAUCAUUUGAUAGUGGAGCUUUGUAUGGAUUUAUUGGACCCGUAGCUGGCAUUGUCCUGAUCAAUAUUGUCAUUGUUAUCAUCCUGGCAGUGACUCUUUGCUCAACGGGAUACUCACCACAAGAUAAGACGAAGAACAGGAUAUUAGCUGGAAUAAAGUCCAUCUGUACUCUAUUACCUGUUCUGGGCGUGACGUGGUUGUUUGGCCUCUUGUCCAUUAAUGAGGAUGUGGUCGUCUUUCAGUAUAUAUUUGCUUUAUUAAACUCCUUUCAGGGGCUUUUUAUUUUCAUCUCAAAAUGCCUUCUCAGCAAAAAGAUCAGAAAGUUACUAAGUGAAAGUAUCCACAGAAAUGAUUCAGAAAGUUGGAGAGGUAGACUUUAUUCGUUACUGAGCAGCCAUCCGUCGACCAUGAACACGAAGGAGUUUUCAUCAUUCUCUAAAAGCCAUCUUGAAAAAGAUUCUAAAAUUAAAGAUGGAAAACGGAAACUGAUCAAGGGAAUAUCCUUUAGAGGCAGAUAUAGUGACAACACAGCCUUGUGAAAGUGCUUGGCAAAAGAAGAUUUAUAAUUAAAUCAUUAAAAAAAUAUCAAUUAUACAGAUAAAAGCUUUUAAAACUGAGUCUUUUCUCUUAGAGACUUUAAAGUUAGUUAAUAUAAUAUUGUUCUGUUUGAUACAUAACUCUGUUUUUUAUCAUAAAUUUUAGAAAAUCAGUAUUGUUUGAGAAAAUAUUUCAUUUUUUAAGCCUUUAAAAUGGUGUUAUCUGUUUUGAAACGUGUUUGUAAGAAAUGAAAAUUGUGAUAAAAACGAACAAUCAUCGA